AUGAAGGAUGUCGAUUUCAGCCGAGACAAAGAUCUGGCCAAAGAUUUUCUUCAAAACUUUGCAGAUGCAGACGGCGAUGCCAAAUAUAUUACCAUUCUUCAAGAUGUUGCCAAUCGUAAAGUCAAAGCAAUUCAAAUUGACCUUGAAGAUCUAUUUGAUUACAAGGAUUUGGACGAGGAGUUUGUGGGACGAGUUACGGAAAAUACCCGGAGAUAUAUUGGAAUUUUUGCCGAUGCCAUUGACGAGCUAAUUCCUGAGCCAACAGAGGCUCUCCCGGACGACGAUCAUGACAUAUUGAUGACACAAAGAGCUGAGGAAGGCAAUGAGAAUGCUGAUGGAACCGAUCCAAAACAGAAGAUGCCCUCAGAAAUUAAGCGUUUUUAUGAGGUUUACAUCAGAGCUUCUUCCAAGGGUCAGCCAUUUACUAUAAGGGAGGUUAGGGCUUCACACAUUGGUCAGCUUGUCAAGAUAUCUGGUAUUGUGACUCGUUGUUCAGAUGUAAAACCGUUGAUGAAGGUUGCUGUUUACACAUGUGAAGAGUGUGGUUUUGAAAUAUAUCAGGAGGUAACUGCUCGAGUGUUCAUGCCUCUGUUUGAAUGCCCAUCCAAGCGCUGUAAUGUUAAUCGGGCAAAAGGAAAUCUUAUCCUUCAACUCAGAGCUUCAAAGUUUUUGAAAUUUCAGGAGGCCAAACUUCAAGAGCUUGCUGAACAUGUUCCGAAAGGUCAUAUUCCUCGUUCAAUGACUGUCCACAUCCGAGGCGAACUUACAAGAAAGGUAUCCCCAGGUGACGUUGUUGAGCUAUCCGGAAUAUUUCUUCCUAUUCCUUAUACUGGAUUUAGAGCAAUGCGAGCAGGCUUAGUGGCAGAUACGUACUUGGAGGCUAUGUCUAUUUCCCAUUUUAAGAAAAAAUACGAGGAGUAUGAACUCAAAGGGGAUGAGGAAGAACAAAUUGCAUCCCUAGCUGAGGAUGGUGAUAUAUACAACAAGCUGGCUCGCUCAUUGGCGCCUGAGAUUUUUGGACAUGAAGACAUCAAGAAAGCUCUUCUCCUCCUCUUGGUUGGAGCUCCUCAUCGGAAACUGAAGGAUGGGAUGAAGAUAAGAGGAGAUCUACACAUAUGUUUGAUGGGUGAUCCUGGAGUUGCAAAAAGUCAACUUCUUAAGCACAUAAUUAAUGUUGCACCAAGGGGUGUGUAUACCACCGGCAAAGGAAGCAGUGGAGUUGGUCUUACGGCAGCUGUUCAGAAGGACCCAGUGACGAACGAGAUGGUCCUGGAAGGGGGAGCAUUGGUGCUGGCGGAUAUGGGCAUAUGUGCAAUUGAUGAGUUCGAUAAGAUGGACGAGUCAGAUAGGACAGCCAUACAUGAAGUCAUGGAGCAACAGACGGUUAGCAUUGCGAAGGCUGGGAUCACAACAUCCUUGAAUGCGAGGACUGCAGUCCUUGCUGCUGCCAAUCCUGCCUGGGGAAGAUAUGAUCUACGUAGAACUCCAGCCGAAAAUAUCAACCUCCCUCCAGCACUUUUAUCAAGAUUCGAUUUUUUGUGGUUGAUCCUUGAUCGAGCAGAUAUGGACAAUGAUCUUGAAAUGGCUAGGCAUGUUGUUUAUGUCCAUCAGAACAGAGAAUCUCCUGCCCUUGGGUUUGCCCCACUUGAAGCUUCUGUUCUUAGGGCAUACAUAUCAGCUGCGAGAAAGCUGUCUCCUUCAAUUCCAAGAGAGCUGGAAGAGUAUAUAGCUACUGCGUACUCGAGCAUGAGGCAAGAAGAAGCAAAAUCAAACAGCCCACACUCUUACACAACUGUCAGAACUCUUCUCAGCAUUCUGCGGAUAUCCGCUGCACUUGCUCGGCUGAGGUUCUCAGACAGUGUUGGUCAGAGUGAUGUCGACGAGGCACUUAGGUUGAUGCAGAUGUCAAAGUUUUCUCUGUACUCGGAAGAUCGGCAGAGGUCAGGUCUCGAUGCAAUCUCAGAUAUUUAUUCGAUUUUACGCGAUGAAGCAGCGAGGUCGAACAAGAUGGAUGUAAGCUAUGCACAAGCUCUCAACAGGAUUUCAAGAAUGGGGUACACCGAAGCUCAGCUGAAAGAAUGCUUGGAGGAAUAUGCAGCAUUGAAUGUGUGGCAGAUCCAUCCAAACACCUUUGAUAUUCGAUUUAUUGAUGCAUGAACAUGUUGUAUUUUUUAAGAUUUUUGUAAUGUAUUUGUGGUAACAAAAUACCUUCUGAUAUUUUAAGAUUAGGAGUCGUG